ACCCUCCCCACUUCCUCGCACAGUCAUGGCUUCGACAUCCCGGCUUCCUCCUACUGCGUGGGAAGCGCACCGAAAAGCGACGCGCUCUCUCGAGUCGCAAUUGGAUGAGAAGCUCACAAAGUAUUCCACCUUGGCCUCCUCCAUCGCACGGGGUCAGGAAGGCGGCGCAAUCGUCGGCAACGGCAGCAGCAGUGCCUGGUCUGGGAGAGGAGACUCGGCCGCAGACAUGGAAGAAGGCAACACAAACGGAGGUACAUCUAGAGCAGAACAUGCUGCGCUCGACCACGACAUCAGCUCCCUAUUGCAGAAGCUGCAAUCUUCAAUUGCUGCCCUCACAGCUCUGUUGGACGAUCCGGAAGUCCCUCCAUCGGCUGUACAGCUGCACGCGGUGCAACGUCACCGCGAGGUCUUGACGGACUUUGAGCGCGACUUCAGGAGAAGCAAAGACAACAUCAGACAUGCAAUUGAUAGGAGAGAGCUCGUUGGUAAAGUGAGGGGAGAUAUUGAUGCGUACAAAGUAGCUCACGCCUCCGAUCAAGAGGCCUUGCUGGCCGAAAGAGGCCGACUGGACAAUUCUCACAGCAUGAUUGACGGAACACUAGAACAAGCCUAUGCUACCCUGACAGACUUCCGCUCUCAACGACAGACGCUGACGAAUGUCGCAAACAGAAUGACCACAACAGCUUCCCAGAUUCCCGCCCUAAAUGGUAUAAUGACCAUGAUCGGUCGGCGGCGGCGGAGGGACAGUAUUAUCAUGGGACUGCUAAUCGGGUGUGGGACGGUCAUCUUGCUCCUGUACAUGUUCAGAUGAUGGGGCGCUACAGCAUGGGCAGAAAAAAGAGCUUUCAUACCUACAACUCCUCUCCUCACUGGCCCUGAGUGAGCUCACAGCUUGCUGCCCUCUCCCACCUUUGCAUCCUUGCCCUUCUCUUCUCUCCGGUCUUGAGCAGCCUUAAGUAGAGCAUACAUGCUCUGCAACCUCGGGCAUUCCAGUCCCCUCUCCCUCGCCAUCCGUACAGGAUUUCCCAAGAUCACCUCCAAUUCCAUGGGCCU